UAACAAUUAUACAUUUAUAACUAAGUAUCUUAUAUGUAUGAUUAAGAAUGAGAAUUUAAAUUCAUCUCGUCUAUUGUCGAUGAACUGGUUAGAGGUUAUUGUGGGAACUCAAAAGUGAAAAUGGCAUGAGAAUGGACGAUUCCUACCAGCAGCGGUUAAAAACUGAUUUCUCCGCUCUUGGAGUGGGAAAAUCAGCAGCAUUUGGCAAUGACUUGAUGCAUGCAACAGAAGAUGAGGAUGAUUUUGAUUUGAUGAAUGAUGAAACUUUCGGUGGAGAUAUUGAGGAUGUUGGAUUUGACUGGGAGGAGCAAACAGAGAAAUUUGCUGGGGAGUUGGAAGGCACCAUCCAAUCCCAUUCCAACCUUCCGAACAAAACCAGGGACUCGGGAUAUGAUACAGUCGAGAAAAGCUAUCAGACCCGCGAGGAAUACCUGGAGCACAACCUAAGUCAACUUGUUGUGGACGAUGAAGAUGACAUUGAUGACCCGGCAAUCCUCAAUGCCAGCAAGAGUCAACCCAUACCACACAAGAAACAUCAGAACUUGGAUGAGAUCUUUGGUCCAGCUUCCCCUCCGGGAUAUCUAGAUACAGAACAUUUGGUUUCGCCGUCUAGUAAAAACAUUUGGGGCUCGCCUGUGAAGGAUACGAACAUGCCAUCGACCAUCAAUAACUUGCAGUCUCUAUUCGACUUCGCAGCCAAGGCUGCGACCCACGGCACUCCCAGACAGGAAUCGCCUGUAAUGUCAACACCUGACCGACAGCCGAUACCAGUAACACAGAGGAUGUCAGGAGGGCGCAGUGCUACCCUGGAGGAGAUCGAACACCAGAUGAUGUCGCAGUCACGCUCGGUAAAGAAGCCGAUGACGGCAGAGGAGCUGGAGCGGGAAAUGCGUGGAGAGGCCAUGGACCAGCAGGUGCCCCAGAUGCCCAUUCACCACCCUCGAAGCCCCUAUUCCGUACCCCAUAACAUGCCUCCCCCAUUACCGGGCUCUCCUGCCUACGUAGGGUCUCCAGCUGGCCAGGGACCUCCAAGGUUCCAUCAGGCACAGAGGGUGCCGCCAGGAUUCAGCCCGAUACAAGCACAGCAUUUGUUGGAAGGUAGGCGGUCUCCAAUGAUGGGUGCCACACCUCCAGCAAUAGGGUCACCUGGGGUCAUGGGUCAACAUCGAGGGUCACCUCAAAUAGGAGGAAACAGACUGCCUUCUCAACCAAUUGGUAUCCCACGACAACAGCUGCAGCAGCGUCCACCAGCCAAUCAGAGUCCUUAUAACAACAGCCCUGGUGGCCACUUCCCUCCAGGAUCUUCACCUGGAGGACCGUAUCACAGUCCAGGGCCUAACCACAGUCCUGCUGGUCCAGGCCCAAGGGGACCCUACCCUACACAUCCUCCAGGGGAGAGAGGACCGCACCCACAGGGUGAUCGGUACACCCCACAUGGUGAUCGCUACACUCCACAUGGUGAUCGCUACACGCCCCAGGGUGAUCGCUACACGCCCCAGGGUGAUCGCUACACGCCCCAGGGUGAUCGUUACAACCACCAGGGUGAUCGGUACACCCCGCAGGGAGAUAGGGGUCGGGACAGAGGCUACACCCCGAGAGGCGAUAGGUACACCCCACAAGGAGAGCGGUACCACCGGGGGAGAGGGAUUCAUCGUGGAUACCUUAACAACAAUAACAGAAAUUAUCGGGAAAACAGGUAUGACCAUGACUACGACAACCGAGACAGAAACAACUACGAACAACGUAACAAUUACGACCAUCAUAACAACCAUCGACGUUACUACUCCUACCAGAACGACCAGGAGAACCGACCAUCCGAUGAGUACGCUGGUCUGAUGACGAAGAAGGAGAAAGACUGGAUUAUAAAAAUUCAACUGAUGCAACUACAGACCGAUAAUCCUUAUCUUGAUGACUUCUACUACACAACUUACAUGUUGAAGAAGAAGAUGUUAGAGCGUCAGAAGAUGACACAGAAUGGCAUUAGCAACAAAGAAGACGAUCCAAAACUCAUCAUCCCCUCCCUCGGCAAGUUGGAGACUCGUGCCUACAAACCAG